CUCUCAUGUCUCCCUCUUCUAUAUAUAUCAACAUUCCCCCUUUGUUCAUUCCAAUUGCCUCACAUCAUUGUCCCUCCAUCUCUUUAUUGCUCUCUUCAUAACAAUCUCUCAAGUUAUCCAAUCAAUCUUCUUUUCCAAUAGAGGGUGUCCUUCAUGGAGACUGUGGAAUUGAAGGUGGAGAUGGUAGGAAUUCAUGAAAAGAGACUAAGGAAAUGUCUUUCAAAAGUAAAAGGGAUUGAGAAGGUGGAACUGGAUGUUAGCAGUCAAAAAGUGAUGGUCACAGGGUACACUCAUCGAAACAAAGUACUAAAGGCAUUGAGGAGAGCUGGUUUGAAAGCUGAGUUUUGGUCUGCACAAAAUGAGCUGCUCAAUGCUUAUGCCAGUGCCACCUAUGGAAGCCUUAGAAUUAACAAUUUUAAUCUCUUCUAGUGUUUUUUUUUUUUUUUUUUUUCUUUUGUUUUUUCAAAUGAUAAGUGAGAUUUGUGUUUUUAAUUUUUCUUUCUUUUUCCCCCCC